GUCUCCCGAGCGCCAGCGACUAUCCGGCGGGGGAAGCAGGUAAGGUCAUUAGUGCCUCUGGCUGCGCACAGGGUAAAGGUAACAGCUUCAGGAGAAAGAGAAACAGAGUACAAGAAAGCCGGCGCUUCUCUUUCGCCAUCCCAGGCAAGGAGCAGGUUGUACGGGACGUGCCCUUCUGUGCUUUCUCUUUCUGACCUCUCUGCUGCACACACCCCAAGAUGCGCGUUGCCCUCGGUAAGCUGCAGUUGCUCCUGACGGGGAUAGUUUGUAUCCCAGAGUUUCGUGCUGUGCCAUCUGCCCUUCUGAAAGAUCCGAAGUGUGGGCAGCAAGUUCAAGAGACAAAACUGUGGAGUUACCUUAACCUUUUCGCUCGGAUUGUUGGGGGAAACCAGGUGAAACAAGGCUCGCAUCCCUGGCAGGUUUCCUUGAAACGAAGGCAAAAGCAUUUCUGCGGAGGCACCAUUGUUUCUGCUCAGUGGGUGGUCACGGCAGCUCACUGCCUCUUGGACAGGGAUUUACUCCAGUACUUGAGUGUCACUGCAGGAGAGCACGAUUUGAGGAUCAGGGAGAACGGCGAGCAGACCCUUCCUGUUAAGUAUGUCAUUAAGCAUCCCAACUUUGACCCCAGAAGGCCGAUGGACUAUGACAUUGCCCUUGUGAAGCUGGAUGGAGCCUUCAACUUCAGUUCAUCAGUUUUGCCAGCAUGUCUUCCUGAUCCAGGUGAAAAGUUUGAAGCGGGAUAUAUCUGCACUGCUUGUGGAUGGGGCCGUUUAAAUGAGAAUGGAGUACUCCCUCAGGUCUUACAUGAAGUAAAUCUACCAAUCCUAAACAGUAAGGAAUGUUCAAGAGCGUUAUCAACUUUAAAGAAACCCAUCCGAGGUGACACUAUAAUGUGUGCUGGAUUUCCUGAUGGAGGAAAAGAUGCCUGCCAGGGAGACUCAGGAGGCCCUCUAUUGUGCCGCAGCAGGCACGGUGCCUGGACUCUCGCUGGCGUGAUCUCCUGGGGCAUGGGAUGUGCUCGUGGCUGGAGAAGUAACGAGAAGAAAAAACAUCACAACAGAGGAUCCCCAGGAAUAUUCACCGACCUCAGUGCAGUGCUUUCCUGGGUUCAAGAGAACAUGGGUGCCGAUCUGAAAAUGAAAAGCUCCACAGCAUUUUGUAGCAUUCAGGAUGGCAAACUCCCUGACAGUGAAGGAGAAUUACAUUUUCCUGGGAGUCCCAAACAGUUCUACCAAAACCGCCAGUUAUGUGUAUGGACUCUGUUUGUACCAGAAGGGAAUUAUAUAUUGCUUCGUUUUUCCCGCUUUGAUAUAGAGCCAGAAACGUUUUGUGACUAUGAUUCUUUAUCAGUCUAUUCAACAGACAACAGACUUCUUGGGAAGUUCUGUGGAGAAGAUAUUCCAUUACCUAUUUUGAUUGGCUCCAAUAGCAUAAGGCUGAAAUUUGUUUCUGACAACAAGGAUUAUGGAACUGGUUUUUCCAUGACCUACAAAGCUCUUACACCAGAUAUUCUUCCUGAUUCUGGCUGUGAGUCCUUAGCUGUCCUUUUUGAAGAAGGAGUGUUACAAAGUAUGCACUAUCCAGAGCACUACAGCAACAUGGCAGACUGUCAAUGGAUUAUUUGUGCUCCAGAGGACCAUGUAAUCAAGCUUACUUACCAGUCUUUUGAAGUAGAAGAGAGUGAAGAUUGUUCUUAUGAUGCCGUGACUGUGUAUGAAGAUGUGAGAAAAGAGGAGGAAAUUGCUAAAUCUUGCGGAUUUGCCCUACCAGCACCUGUUCUAAGCUCUUCUGCUCUGAUGCUGAUUGUCUUUCACUCUGAUGAAACAGAGACCUUUGGAGGAUUCAGAGCUACGAUCUCUUUUGUUCAUGUAACAGAUUUAGACACUUUGCAUUCAACUAGUGAAGAAGAAUUUGAAGAUACGGAUAUAACUGAAGAAGAAAUACAGGUUACACCAGAUGAUGUUUGCGGAAUGCCUUCAAAUCAGCCCCGGUUCAUCUUCAGCAGGAUAAUUGGAGGUGAAGAAGCUGUACCGUACUCAUGGCCCUGGCAGGUCAGCAUACAAAUUUCAGAUGAGCAUAUCUGUGGAGGAGCAGUUCUUGCCAAAGAAUGGGUGGUCACAGCUGCUCAUUGCUUUAAUUCUAGGGAACCAUACAGAGACUUAUGGAUGGUGGUAACAGGGCUUCAUGAUCUUACAGAGCAAGAGUACAGACAGAAAAGCUCAGUAAAGCAGUAUAUUAUACAUCCAAGUUUUAACAAGACCACUAUGGACUCGGAUAUCGCCUUACUGCAACUGGCCGAGCCCUUAGAAUUUAACCAUUACGUGAGCCCAGUGUGCCUCCCUGCCGAGGAGGAGACGGUCCAGCCCUCAAGCAUAUGCGUUGUCACAGGAUGGGGAGCGCGUGAAGAAGACAGAGAAAAGGGGAAAAAACUGCAUCAGCUGGAAGUCCCCAUCCUGGUGCUUGACACGUGUCAGAGCUAUUACAUAAAUCUUCCCAGUAAAGUCACCCAGCAGAUGAUCUGUGCUGGAUUCCCUCUGGAAGAAGGCAGGGACUCAUGCACAGGUGAUUCUGGUGGCCCAUUGGUUUGUCCUUCAGAAGAUAACUCAGGAUUUUACACCCUUCAUGGAAUCACUAGCUGGGGCAUGGGAUGUGGAAGGAAGAGCUACCCAGGAGUAUACACAAAUGUUGGUGUUUUUGUUGACUGGAUCAAGCAGAGUAUUAAUAGUAGUGAUCUCCCCGUUUUCAUGGUGUGACCAUCAAAAGAGCUGGACCACAUUGUAGAACACAAAAGUAAAACUGUCAUUGAAAGCAAAAUUUGGUGAGAGCGUGUUAGCUCGCGAUUGGUGAACAGAUUCCAAAGUAGCUGAUACUUACCCUGGUGAAUUUACAGCUGAUUUACCUGAAUUGAGACUUCAGCUUUACAUGUGUGUGCUUGGAACAGACACAAGUUACUUGCAGGCUUCUGACACUCUGUUAAUCUAUUUUAGAAGGAAAGAAAGGGAAAAUAAUCCACCAUAAACCAAGCAUAUCCUUGAAGGUAGUACUGGAGAGCAUAAAAAUCCUGCAGAAAUGAGAUGAAAUAAGUGCCUGUGUAAAACAACUGAAGGGGCAGCCAGUUAUCCUUCCAUUAAGGUCAAUGAGAGUGUUACUUCUGGCAAUGAGAAGACCCAGGUAGUGGUAGUAGUAGUGUGUCACUGAGGAGCAGAACAACAUUGUGUAGUCAUUAGUGAUAUGAAUCAAUCCAAUAGCUGGGAAAAGGAUAUUUUUAAUACAGUUCCUGUUUUAACAAAUUGUGUGUUGUUUAAACAGAAGGGUUUGAAAAGACAAGUGUUACAGGCCGAAGUCCUUUGGCACCAUGCAAGAACUGACAGCUAUCCUAAUUAAUCUAUACAUAUAACUAAAGAGGUAUUGUGUAAUCCACACACUGCAAACUGAGCACAUUUACUUGUAAAUAGCAGUUUGGUUUAUGCCAAAAUGGCUGCUAACACGAGAAAUGUUGAUGACAGGCUCCCAUCAGCUUGGCAGACUGUUCUGUGCCCAGCCUUGGUGUUUAGAAGCUAGCUCACUAUGAUAGUACAAUACGUAACACCAGUAUAAUCCUUCUUCGACUCAAUGGUCCAGAAAGUAACUAGGAAAGAAGUAAGAUAUCUCAUUUCGUUUCUGUUGAUAUUAAUGGCAAAAAUCUAGAGAGAUGUGUUUCCCAUACAUGCAUUUGGUGCCAGUAACCCUACUCUUUUGAUUACAUUAAUUUAGAGCUUCUAAUUAUUUUAAAGAUAUAAUCUUAUUCUGUACCCAGGGAAAAAAACAAUCUCUCUACCUUUAUUCCCAAAUGAAUAUGUUAAACGGUUUUUUACCAGUUUCUCCUCUUCACUGUAAAGUUUUAGGCAAAAGCCCACAAAAUAAUGUGGAGCAUGAACUUUCUGUGAAACUAUGAAAGUACUUUAUGGUGGAAGGACUAUGGACAAAUUCAGGUUAAGUCUAAGGUACAGCUGUAUUACAUUAUUGAUAGAUCAUGCUUGUUCUAUCUUUGACAAGCUCUUUGAAGAGUCUUUGGAGAGCACUGGAGGGAAAAUAUCCUUUGUAAUUUUUCACUAUGGAAGUCUGUUAAUGUUCAGUUAUGGUAGAACCUGCUAUUAGCUAACCAUAUCCGUUUAACUAGGCUGGGAGCAGUUGUGUCUAAUCCCUCGGUUUUUAUUCUGUAUUGCUUAAUAGGAACAAGAUGACUUAAAAUACCUGUAAAGAUUUUAUCUGCUUAUUAAUCUAAUAGAAGGAUAUCACGUUAGGUGUGUUCAGAAAAAUAAAAAAGUGGGGGGAGAACUACAGGUGGUAUCAGCUGUGCUAGCCCUAUUGAAUGCAGUGGUUAUAUGCUGAUAAAAUUUAUAUCGCUUAAAAAAAUUCCUUUCAUAUAGUAGGAGUGCCAUCUUCAAUUAUUUGUACUUUAUUUGAUUUUUGCUUGACUGCAUGAUGUCAACCUUUUGUGUUUCUCCUAGUAUGGUUUUACAAAUAGUCUAGUUUUGCUUUUGUUUGUUGUAUCUUUUUAGUCUUUUGUAAGCUGACAAUAUCUUUUAGCAAGAGAACUGUUUUGUGAUGCAAAUGAAAUCUGAUUUUUUUAAAAAAAUAAAAACUUACUUUCAAUGGAGUUCAUGUAAUGGAAUUAGUUUUUACAAAAUUUAUUAUGAAGUCUGCUUUAAUUCUUAACAGUUGUCACGAGGCUUUCCCAAACCCUACAGUCAAAAGGUAGGAUACUAGUAGCCUACCUGAUUACCGAGGUAGGCUCAGGUUUCCUGCGUGCUUAAAAUCUGGAUAUAAACCUUCUUCUGUUGGCAGGUAAGUAAAAAUAUCUUCUUUGUAACAUCAUAUGGAAAGAAAUGAAGGCUCAUUGCAUUGUUCAGUGGCACUAUGCUAAAUAUUUAGAAUAAGUGCCUAUGUCCAAAAAUAUCUUAUUCUGACCUUUGGUUAACAGGAGCAUCUUUGACCGUAAGUCUUCCUGCUCAGCUCUGAAAUGGUAGUCCUGCUCUGUAUGUGGGCAUGGGCAUGCAUGCUGGAAGUCCAACCACAUUGCCAGUGGUGCACCUACAUUGUCUUUGCGGGAGUGGUUAUUAGAGCACUUUUGUAACUUUUGUUGGAAAAGGGAGACCUUCAUCAGAAAAUAGAAAGUAUACGGCCAUUGUUAAAAUCAUGUCUGGCAAUAGUAUAGAAGAGGAAGCAACUGUGGUCUGAAAUCUGGGUUCUGGCUAUAUAGCCCAACAAAGGAUAUUAAAAACAUUGUUGAUCUCUGACUCUGUGGCAUUAGGUCUGUAAAUUCUUGCUUCAUAAUUCUUUUACUUUUCCAUUUCCUCUUUUUCCAGUUUAGUUUUUCCAGCAUAGUGGCUUACUACAUCGUCCUGCUCUCGGUUGCUUGUGCUCCUGUGACCUCCUGUAUGAAGCCAGAGGAGCAAUAGCACUGCAGCAUCAUAUCCUUCCUUGGACGUACACUGCGUGGAGGACAGACUGGACAAACUGGGACUGGACCAGAGCUCCUGCAGCAUUCUGUUCCUGAACACAAAGGCAAUGAGAAUUGAGGGAGGAGAGCGCACGGGAGGAAAAAGGACUGU